CGACUUACCUGAAAUUUGUUCAUUUACUUGCUGGACGGAGAAGUCAACAUUUGAAGGCUUUCACGUUGACGAUGUUGUGUUUACUUUCCAUCUUAUUAGGGAUUGUGUUGUUAAAUUCAAAUGUGAACAGUAGCAAAGUGGUGCAUGUAGAGAGGCAAUUGCUCCAAGGUCGUCAGCUACGAGCUUCUGCCUUUAACUUUUCACCAUGUCUUUCAGCCACAAAAACAAAGUCGGGGAACUAUUCGUAUUCUGGAAUCUGCAGCGAUGUUGUUCGUUGGGUGUCGGAGCAUUUCCAGAUGGAAUUAAUUUACGUACCUGCAAGUAAUGACGAUCGAGUCAAAUUCGGAUUAGUUCCAUCACUCAUCAGACAAAUACAGAAACAAGAAGUCGACAUCAUCCCCUUUACCUUUGUCAUCACACCCGCACUUGCGUUGCUAAUUGAUUUCUCAAUUCAUCUUGGGGUCGAGGAUUAUCAUCUUUUACAGCCGUGGCCGGAAAUGGAAAGCAACCUUAUGGCUUGCAUAAGACCUUUCUCUGCGACAGUUUGGUUACUCUUUGUUGUCUCGACAGUCGCACUAAUUAUUUGCAUGGCUUUUUUAACGCAUUUCAAUCAUCAAUACAUCUUCAAGUUGACUAUUUUUAUGCAAACAAUGAGCGAUCACGCAGUUUACGCCAUCACUGUCAUUACUGGACAAGGCAAUUCCGUUUCAACAAAAGAAAAACUUUCAUUCCGCCUCUUGUUAGGAAUGUGGUGCUUGACCAUGGUGGUUCUGGUAAAUGCUUACACAACAACUUUGACGUCUUACCUGACUGUGCCGAAGCUCAAGCCGAUCGUGAACACACUGGCCGAAUUGGCAGCCAGUCACGACACACAGAUGACGGUGGAUUUCGAACUGGGAAAAGCUCGCAUGUUUUUGGAAGCCACUUCUGGCCCGAAGAAAAUCAUUGGCGAUUCGCUUCGUGACCAUCCACAGUUUCUUGUAAAACGUAGCAAUCUGGAAGGCUUUAAAAAUGUUUUGGAAGCAGGAGCUUCGUAUUUUACGAAUCGUUUUAUCGUCAAAUACUUCAUGGCCAUCGAUAUGAAAAGCCACACCAAUUGUCGGAUGACCAUGUCUGAUCCAAUUCCUUUUAUCGAAUACUAUUCUUUGGGUUUACCUAAAGGUGGUCGACACAACUGGAUCAUCAAUUACGAAUUGCAGUAUUUGUGGGAAAAUGGAUUACUUGCUUACUGGUUAAAGCAGUACACACCGAAUGUAGACAAAUGUAUGAUAGCUAAAGCCGAAUUACGCAAGGAAAGAACUGCUUUGACGUUGUUAGAUCUCUCCAGUGCAUUUGCACUAUUGGGCAUUGGAAUUGGGUCGUCAUUGUUUGUGUUUUUUCUAGAAAUGAUGAUGCAUUUGAAACGAAUCAAAAAAUUCCGCCGCGCCACAAACGCAAUUAUUGUUCAAAAUCGAUGGGGUGGCGUUUGAAUUUUUUGAAAUUAAUACUCAUCAAAUAGUCGCAAUCAAGGUGUUGCUAGUUCACGAGCAAG